AUGGUUGCCCCACCGAAAAAUCCAAACGAUGAUUAUCCCAAACUGAUUCUGUUAAUUAGUCGACAAACGACGGAUCGAGAAAACAAGAACCAAGAUGUCAUUCAAUCGAUCAUCAAUGCCAGCAACUUGGGUAAGGUGGAGAUUGUCGAUGGUGCGGAUCCUGCAGCCAAGCAACAAAGAGACGAUCUGCUCAAGGUAUCUGGAUUGGGAACCAAGUAUCCACAAGUAUUUGUAAAGCAGUCUGCCUGGGUCCAGCCAGAGUUUGUAGGGGAUUACCAGACAGUCCAUGAUAUGAAUGAAAAGGGCACCUUCAACAAGAAGGGAGUCUUAGGAAUUGACGACGAGGAAGACGAAACACCAGCAGAAACGGAUGCUGAUGCGGCGAAAGAAAAUACGCCACCAGCAUCGCAAUCGAGAAGCAUGCCCGCCGCCUCCGCCGCCAGUGGUGGUAAUAAAAAGAAAUCCGGUGGCGGGUUGUGUUGCAAAAGUAAUUCCGCGGUCGACGAUUCACCAGCUCCCAAUAAGUCGAAAUCAAAAGCGGCACCAGCUCCAGUGGGAGCAGCCAAAUCGAGAGCCGCUCCGACUUCCACUACACCAAAGGCACCAACACCAGCACCAGCCCCGGCACCAUGGGUGGCGGGGGGAGCAGCGCUCAAGAAAACAAAUGGUGCUCCGACAAGUCCUGGUGGUGCCAAUAAAAGUACCACACCGACUAGUCCUGGCGGCAGCGGCGGCGACAAUAAUAAUAAAGGAGCAGUGCCAUGGGCGAAAAAUGAGUUGAAAAAGACACCCUCACCAACCAACAACAAUAACAGCAACAAUAAGAGUCCCACAUCCGCAGCAAGUGGGGACAAGCCGCCAGCGUGGGCGGGAACCCAACUCAAGAAAACACCCUCUACCAACAGCAAAGCUACUCUCAAUACCGAAGCUGCACAGGCUGGUGAUGAUGCCGCACCUUCCCCAUGGGCGGGUACCAAACUCAAGCAUAUCGAAUCAGAACCACCCAAACCCAAGAACGAUGCUUCGGCGGCUGCUAGUGCCAGUGGCAAUAACAAUAAGGACGAGACAAAUAAGGAGAAACCGGCUGCAAAAUCCAGAGGAUUGUUUGGUGGCGGCGGUAGCAGCAGCAGCGACAAGAAGCAAAAGAAGGAGAAAAAGGAGAAACCGGCUGCAAAAUCCAGAGGCGUGACUGGAAGCAACAACAAUACUGCAGCGGGGACGACGGCAGCAGCACCAAGAGGUCAGCACCAGUCAAGCAAGGGCGCCACGGUGACAUACACAACAUGGCAAAGAUUCUUUGGAUUUCUGCCCAGGCAAUCAUUGAGUUAG